UUACGUUGUCAGGGUGUUCAUUAGGAGAUUGAAGAACUCGGCCGCGACAUGUGCUGCAUUUGACAUGCUGCUCUACUACAACAAAAGCUUUUUUUGGCUCCUGGUGGAGCGUCGUGGCAGCGUCUUCUACAGAUGGGAUUCGAUUUUGGGUGGGCUGGUGGUUGCUGGCCUUGGCAUUUUGGUGCAAUAUUGGUUGGACAGGGCGCUGCAUCAUGGCUUUGAGCCCUCUCCUGUGAUUUUUCACCACUAUGGAUUUCAGGCCUUAGGGGUUGGUGUGACCUUUGCCAUUGUCUUUCGUACCCAGCUGGCUUGGAACCGGUAUUGGGAGGCGGUGACCCAGCUGCACUUCAUGUACAGCAAAUGGGCUGAUGCUUUCUCACAGUUCCAAGCCUUUGCCGAAGUGACUCGAAAAGCGGCUCUGGAGAAAGGAGAUCAGACUAAAGCAGAUCGCAUCGAGAGGAAACAGCGACGACUCAAGGUGAACUAUGCCUUGCUCAGCACAGUGGCCGCAGAUCGCUUGACCCAAGGAGACAAUCAACGUAUGGAGGAAGUCCAUGCCAGGGGUGUGCAAACAAGAGGAAGCAUGAGAAUUGACAAGGAAAAGAGUGGCUGGAUUCCUCCAAAAAUGUCUGAGAGGAAAGUGUUCAACCGUGCCAAGUCAAACGACGAUGACCACGAGUACGUAGUCUUCCAGAAGCCGUCCAAGCACCAAGUUGAGCUGCUAGGGCAGUCAAAUGACGCGAUUUCCAGUGUCAUGUAUUGGAUAAUUUGGGAUCUUGCUGACGUCAUGAAGGAUAUUGACAUCGCCCCACCAAUUCAGUCACGAAUGUACCAAGAGCUCUCCAACGGCAUGCUGGGCUUCAACAACUGCCUGAAGAUUGCAGAUGUGCCCUUUCCUCUUCCCUUUGCUCAGCUUCUGGGGCUUCUGCUGGUGGCAUUUUCCCUGCUCAUUCCGGUGUAUGUGAUCGUCUUCACGCGAUCUCCAGUUGCAGGGCCGAUUCUCUCCUUCCUUCUCUUCGAAAGCAUUUGGUGUCUCAAUGAGGUGGCAAAGGAGUUGGAGAAUCCGUUUGGCCAAGACACCAACGACAUUACACUCACAGACUUUCACUUGAACUUUGUGGACUCCUUGGAAGAUGUCAGCAUGCCAGAGCAUAACGAGAUGUUACACCAUCCAACUAUGGGUUUGGAAGAUGACUGGGGAGGCAACUCAGGCCAUUCUCAUUCGCAAGAUUCUGACAAGACUCUCGCAUCAGCUCCUGGCAUGUCAUUGUGAUGACUUUUGUUCAGGAUUGCAGGGAGGAUGAUAGGAAACCCAGGGCAGAGACACUGCAACCAGCAGUUGUUGUUUUGUUGUUGUGCUUGGGAACUCAACACCUGUGUUUCUGAAGCUACGGUUGAAUGAUGGGAGAUGAUGGCGGAGAAACGUCUCUUGACGAGUGGCUGGCACAACCAGAUGCCACCGAGGCAAAAUAGAGUAGGAGGUUUUCAAAGAAGAUCUUCAUGCUCUCAAAGAGCAAGUGCGCCGAAAGCACAACAAUAUGUUGUUUCACUUCUCCUUCUUGCCUUAGCUCCUCUCACCGAAUGGCUAGAGAGGGAGGUUCUGAAUAUUCUGUUGACCAGAAUCGGCGUACGUGAUCGAACAA